AUGAGCAAGAAGCCUACUGUUGCUGUGAUCGGCACGGGUUUCACCGGUAUCUGCGCUGCUAUCAAAGUCAAGCAAGAACUCGGUGUCGACGCACAGCUUUUCGAGAUGUCCAAAGACGUCGGUGGCACCUGGGAAGCAAACACGUACCCUGGUCUCGAGUGCGAUAUUCCAUCCCACGUAUACUCGUUCAGUUUCGAGCCAAAUCCAAGCUGGACAAAGCAUUAUAGUCCUCAAGCUGAGAUCCAGAAAUACUUGAAAAACAUCACCAAAAAGUACGACUUGUACGACAAGAUAUCAUUCGAAACCGAAAUGAUGCGUGCAGAGUGGAACGAGCAAGAAAACCACUGGCUGCUUGAAUGGAGGAAUACAAACAAUCACCAGGAAACCGGAUCCGGGCAUUUUGAUUUUGUAUUUGCUGGUCUUGGACCGUUCAGAGUACCAAAAUAUCCCCAGGGUAUUCCAAUCGAAAACUUUGAUGGGCCUGUUGUACAUACAGCUCGUUGGAAUCACAACAUUGACUAUACGAACAAACGCAUAGCUAUUAUUGGUAGUGGAGCAACAGCUGUCCAAGUGAUUCCGGCACUGCGGAAAAUGGCAUCGCAUCUUUACAGUUAUCAGCGAACUCCUGCCUGGGUAACACCACGAAAUCAAUUCGCAUAUUCUCGUAUCACGAAAUUUCUGUUUCGCAAUAUUCCUUUCGUUAUGUGGAUAUACCGCCUGUAUAUCUUUUUCAAGGUUGACUUGACAUAUAUAAAAAUUGGAUACUACAAUACAUUAUUUGGACGCUUUAUCCGUCGACUCGCAGCAAAAUCAAUGGCCUCUCGACUCAAACGUGUUGGUCGACCUGACUUGAUUCCAGCCUUGACUCCGGGUAAGUAUUAA